AUGCUGGGAUUUCUAAUUACUCAGAGAGGAAUAGAAGUCGACCCUAGCAAAAUUGCAGCCAUCACGGCCAUGCCAACAUCCCGGAACGAGCGAGAGGUUCGAGGAUUUCUCGGGAAAAUCCAGUACAUUAGUCGCUUCAUCAGUAAACUCACUUCCACUUGCGAUCCUCUCUUCAAGCUUCUGAAGAAGGAUCAAAAAUUCGUCUGGAGUGACACUUGUCAACACGCCUUUGAUAAGGUGAAAGCUAAUUUGCAAUCCCCUCCUAUCCUCAUGUCUCCGAGGCCAGGAGUUCCUUUGAUUCUUUAUCUCACCGUCACCGAGUCAUCCAUGGGGAGCAUGUUGGCCCAAGAGAACGAGAACAAAGAGGAGGUAGCCAUCUACUACUUCAGCAAAAGGAUGACCGGUUACGAGUUGAACUAUUCUUCUGUGGAAAAAGUUUGUUGGGCACUAGCCUGGGUAACGAAGAGGUUGCGCCACUACAUGCAAGCCCACCCAAUCAAGCUAGUGUCGAGACUCGAUCCCAUUCGUUUCUUGUUUCAAAGAACUCUUCUUUCGCCGCGUCUUGCUAAAUGGAUGAUGAUGAUUUCAGAAUAUGACAUCACAUAUACCGUGCAAAAGUCGAUCAAGGGGAGUAUAGUGGCUGAUUUCCUAGCUGAUCAACUAAUCACCAUUGAAGACGAUGACAAAGAAAUGGUCUUCCCAGAUGAUGAGAUCAUGGUUGUUCAAUCCGAAACGUGGAAGUUAAUGUUCGAUGGCGCGUCGGGCAGACAUGGUUACGGCAUUGGUAUCCUUUUGAUCGAUCCUGCUGGCACGUAUAAUCCUACUUCUGUUAAUUUGAGUUAUAGUGUCACCAACAACGAGGCUGAGUACGAAGCAUGCAUUGCUGUGAUCAAGUUAGCUAGCGAGAAGAGGAUUAGCAGAUUGGAGGUUAUUGGAGACUCGAAUCUUGUAAUCUCACAAGCCAAUGGGGAUUGGCAGGUCAAAGGCGACAAUCUUAAACCUUAUCAUUCUUUUCUCAUGCGUUUAAUCGCCAAAUUCGAAAGUGUUGUUUUCAUCCAUGCUUCAAGGAGUCAGAACCGUUUCGCUGACGCACUUGCAACUCUCGCGGCAAUGACUCAAAUUCCCGAAGGAAUCAAGAUCAAGCCACUCAAAAUCCAACAAAGGUGCAAUCGCAUCUAUGAGAAACUAGUGGUUGCUAACACUAGUAUCUCAAGCAAACCUUGGUUCGAGCCCAUUCAAUCAUAUAUCAAAAGGGGGGAAUACCCUGCCCACUUUCAGAAGAAAGAGCGUCGCGCUCUCCGUCAGUUUGCCACUAGCUAUGUGGUUGUGGCGGGAUGUCUCUAUCGACGAUCUUUUGAUGGACAAAACAUGCUUUGUGUAGAUCAGGCGGAGUCUACUACCAUCAUGGAAGAAGUGCAUGCUGGGAAUUGCGGUUCCCACAUGAAUGGCAUGGCUCUUGCUAAGAAAGUUCUUCGGCUAGGCUACUUUUGGCAGAACUUGGAACAAGAUUGCAUUGCGUUCGUCAAGAAGUGUCACCAGUGUCAAAUUUAUGCUAAUCUAAAGCAUACUCCCGCUUCUCUCCUCUAUAACAUGACUUCUCCAUGGCCAUUUUCUACAUGGGGAAUCGACAUCAUUGGGAAAAUCCACCCUCACGCAUCCAAUGGCCAUGAAUUCAUAUUGGUCGCUAUCGAUUACUUUACCAAGUGGGUUGAGGCUUCUUCAUUCAAAAUCCUCAAAUCCUACCACGUGGCAAAGUUCAUUCGCAAUAAUAUCAUUAGUCGAUACGGGGUUCCCCAUUCGAUGAUUUCCGAUAAUGGACGACACUUUCAAGGUAAUGUGCUCGAACUUUUAAGAGAAUUCAAAAUCGAGCAUCAUAAGUCUUCACCAUAUCGACCGCAAACCAACGGGGCAGUCGAGGCUUCUAACAAGAACGUGAUCUCAAUCUUGAAGAAAACCACACAAACAUAUAGGGAUUGGCAUGAGAAGCUACCCUAUGCUCUGUGGGGUUACCGAACCACCGCUCGGACCUCUACAGGCGAAACUCCUUAUUCGUUGGUAUAUGGCAUGGAGGCAGUUCAACCCAUUGAGUUGGAAUUGCCUACUCUCAGGGUUCUUUUGGAGAGCCACGUCAUCGAGGAAGAUUGGCUGAAGUCCAGAUACGAUCAACUAUCACUCAUGGAGGACUGA